UUUGAUUUCGACAGUGUUUACUUUCAGAAGUCUAAAUCACACAAGGUGUACACUUUAAACUCAAGCUUUUACCUUGCACAUACUGGGCAACACACACUGCAGAAACUCUACUCCCAACUCAGGAGACACUGCUUCACAAGGCAGACACAAUGUUGCUCUUGUUCUUCUCUGUUGUGGUCUUUUGCAUUCCCUCACUUACAUACUGUGGAGCCAAGGAUCUGAAUCUUCAUUUUGCACCAGCAACAAAAGAUGCAUCAGAACAAGUAGGCCCACGGAGUAAACCUGCUGCUGGAAUUCACAACCUAGAAGAAAUUCCACCUGACUUUCACAAGGAGAACACACUCACCAAUGAGCUAAUGAGUGACGAAUUUGAGGAUGAAGACUACAUUGAUUUUGACAAGUUUCUAGAAGAGGAUGAGGACUAUAUUAACCAAGUGGAUGAAAUUGACAAUCCAGUUUCUAAAGGAGACACCAUUAUAGAGCCCACGGAUCCUCAAGUUAGAAGAGCAAAACUUCACAAAUUAUUUCAAGGCAAAUCCAGAAUUCAGCGUCUCAACAUAGUUAAUGCCAACUUUGGAUUCAGCCUCUAUAGAAGCCUGAGAAACAAAAUCACUCAGGAUGAUAACAUACUCUUAGCACCAGUUGGUAUUUCAGCUGCCAUGGGUAUGAUAGACCUGGGCAGCAGAGGAUCAACUCACCAGCAGAUAUUUAAUGUGCUUGGAUUUGAAGAUUUCGUCAAUGCAAGCUCCAAAUAUGACAAAACCACUGUUCACAACCUGUUUCGCAAGUUAACACAUCGACUUUUCCGUCGCAAUUUUGGAUACACUCUGCGAUCUGUGAAUGACAUGUAUGUGGAGAAAAACCAGACAAUAGAGGAAACUUUCAUGAAUAACAUUAAAAAUUACUAUUUUGCUGAGGCUCAAUCAGUGGACUUCAAAGACCCUGCCUUCCUUGUCAGCACAAAUCAACGAAUUUUAAAACGAACAAAAGGUUUGAUCAAGGAAGCUCUGAAAAAGGUUGCUCCAAACACAGUGCUUAUGCUCCUGAACUGUCUUUAUUUUAAAGGCUCCUGGGAAAACAAGUUCCCACUAGAGAUGACCCAUAUUCGUUCUUUUCGGCUGAAUGAGAAGGAAACAGUGAAGGUUCCAGUGAUGCAAACCAAAGGAAACUUUCUAGCUGCUGCAGACCAUGAGCUUGAGUGUGAUAUUUUACAGUUACCCUAUGCAGGAAACAUCAGCAUGCUUAUCGUGAUUCCCAGGAAGCUUUCAGGGAUGAGGAACUUAGAAAAGCACCUAUCUUCAGAAUCAAUCAGCAAGUGGAUAAGGGGUAUGACAAACAGGACCAGAGAAGUUGUUUUUCCUAAAUUUAAACUUGAAAAAAGUUAUGACUUGGUGAGUUACAUGAAGGAUCUGAACCUGACUGAUCUAUUUAAUGAGAAGGCAGACCUUUCUGGAAUAACAGCCCAAAGAAUUCUUAUUGACAUGUUCAAGCAUCAGGGCACCAUUACAGUGAAUGAAGAGGGAACCGAGGCAUCAGCAGUAACCACUGUGGGAUUCAUGCCUUUGUCCACUCAGGUGCGCUUCAUUGUGGACAGACCAUUCCUAUUUCUCAUUUAUGAGCACCGCACUGAAUGCUUACUUUUUAUGGGUAGAGUAAAUAAUCCAGCAAAGAACUAGUCUUUACUGAAAUUAAAUGCAGCCACAAUGAGCUGAAGAUCACCUGCUACAGUGAAAAUGUGGGAGAAAAGGUGCUUUUGUUGUAAAGUAUUAUGUAACAACAAAAAAUAACAUGUAUGGGAAUAAAAAAACAAAAUUUAAAAAACAAAAACUAAAAUAUUGCUUUGUUAUCAUUAGUAUUUAAUCAGCCUUUUUGGUAUCUGUUUAAUAGGUGACUUACAUAAAGAAAUAACUCUAUAAAAAUUAACUUUCUAUAAUUUAUUCUUAGUUGUUAACAAGGAAUAAUGCAUUAUUACACUUCAAGAUUAGCAUUCAGUUGAAGGCAUAGUAAUUUAAUAAAUUCACUUAGAAACUAGGUAAGGGAUUAAAUAAUCAAGAAUAGGAUAAGCAAGUAAAACUGUUUCUGUCUGAAAGUUGCUUUUUCUUGCUUACUAUAUACUAAAUGCCAAAAAACACACAGACAAUAAGGAGAUCAGUAAGUAAAGCACACUGGAGCCACAGUCAGUACCCUCACAGUACAGGGUCAAUGACAGACAAAUUCCACUGUAUGUCAACAGCAUGUUUUGCAAGCUGUUUAAAUAUUUGUUUCAAAAGCAUCAACCAUUAACUUCUGACAACUAGAAGGAAGCAGUUCUUCAGUUCUUUAACAGUUAACCAUUUUAGGUAUAUUUUCACAACUUUAGAGAAAAGCAUGCAGUGAUAAACAGACAUUGGACUUGUAAAGAUGAAGAAUGAUUAUGACAUGGAAAGAACAAUACAGAAUAAAGUUAAAAUCCUAAUUUACAGGAAAAAUUGCACAAUUAUGGAAAGUCAUGAGUCAAUCAUUUAAUAACAAUAGUUUGUCUUAAGAAUUGUACCAUGAAAAGAAAAAAGCAUCAAAAUGAGCUGUUAUAAGGCACAUAAAUUAUUAAAAAAUUAAAGAGAAACCAACUGUGUUUUGGCGAGUUCAGCUGCUGUCAGUAUGAUUAAUGUACAAUUACUAAAACAGGUUGAAAAAGAAUGUAAUUCUUAAUUAAAGAUUUCAUUAUGUCUCAAUGAGUAAUUAAGGCUUUUUCUGUAUUCAGGGCUGCAUUUUAAAUUCUACAUUAUUUUGAAUAACUUUGAAUUACAAACUAAACAAUAAUAAAAAGCCACC